AUGGAUUUGGUAGACUUUUGGAAAAUUGGCAAUCAACUCUUCUUAUACCAUUUAGGUUCAAGAAGAGAGCGUUGUGGGUAUCGUAUCGUUCGCCGUCAUCGCAAUCCAGAAGAUUUGGUGCAUUGUGUAGGCAAAGGGAAAAAGAAUAACGAAAGUAUCAUCCAAGCAAAAGAAGCCCUGGGCAAUGCAAUAAGCCCAGAACAGUUUGUCUCCAUAUUACUUGAAGCUGAACCACCAAAUGUGUUGGUGAGUCGCCCCAACAGGCCAUUUACAGAAGCUUCCAUGAUGAUGUCCUUGACGAAACUUGCAGACAAAGAAUUGGUCCAUAUGAUUGGUUGGGCGAAAAAAAUCCCUGGCUUCAUAGAGCUGAGUCUAUAUGAUCAAGUAAGGCUUUUGGAAAGCUGUUGGUUGGAAGUAUUAAUGGUGGGUCUAAUGUGGAGAUCCAUUGAUCACCCAGGAAAGCUCAUAUUUGCACCAGAUCUUGUGCUUGACAGGGAUGAGGGAAAAUGUGUAGAAGGAAUUUUGGAAAUCUUUGACAUGCUCUUGGCAACAACUUCAAGGCUUCGAGAGCUGAAAUUGCAGCACAAAGAAUAUAUCUGUGUCAAGGCAAUGAUUCUUCUCAAUUCCAGCAUGUAUCCAAUGUCAUCUGCUACAGAAGAACCUGAGAGCAACAAAAAACUGAACCAUCUGCUAAACUCAGUGACAGAUGCGUUGGUGUGGGUCAUUGCAAAGAGUGGGGUCCCUUUACCCCAACAAACAACUCGCUUGGCAAAUUUGUUGAUGUUACUUUCUCAUGUUCGGCAUGCAAGUAACAAAGGGAUGGAGCAUCUUCUUAGUAUGAAGUGCAAGAAUGUAGUACCAGUCUACGAUUUGUUGCUGGAGAUGCUCAAUGCUCACACUGUCCGCAGUCACAAGAAAACACCUGUCUCCAAUCUUGAGAAUAGCCCAUUGGAAUCAACAGAGACCACAAAUGGAGUCCAGCAGUGAUUCCAAAGAAGUCCAAAUCCAGGAAAUACCCAAAGGAAAAACAAAAGAAUGAAAGAAAUAUCCAGAUCAAAACUUUGGAUAUUUGCUGUUAAGAAAACAACAGCAUCUUUACAAUUUUUACUGGACCAUUUGUUAAUCUUUUUCAGACUGAAUGUUGUCUGUCAACUUAGACAGUUUUAGAAAAGCCCCAUGUGGUUGGAACUGAACCACCAGCUGAUGAUUUGUGGUUUUAUCAAACGUUGCAUUUCUGGAGUGCCUUCUAUCAUAGAGGAGACUGUCUAACUGCCAAAACAGCCUUAAGCUUCAUGGUAUCCUAGGUAGAUGCCAAUAUAAGCUUCUUUUCUUUUCUUUUCUUUUUUUUAAAAAGGAGAGCUGGAUAACUCAAAAAACCCAAGAUCUCACAAUGAAUAUCUGUCAGGGCAGAAAGAGAGGCAACUUCUGAUAAGAAACUGAAUAGUUUGAUAUGACACUGUUCAUCAAGGCACAAAGCUGCACAUUAGAGCAAACAGGAAAAACUGCUUGCAUUAAAAAUGCAUGGCGUUCAGCUUGUUAAUUGCAACGGACAUUUAAUAUGUUUUCCCAUUGUGCAAAUGUACUUUAGAUACGUUAGCCAAGGGGAAUAAUGAGAAGGUCUUCAUAUUUAAUUGCAAAGCCUUGGUUUGGAGAGCUUGUUUCUAGAUUCAUUCUGAUGAAAUGAACUGGAAGCGUUUUAAAGCCCCAGUUGGUCUUGACUGCUUUCGAAGCGUUUGCCAUGCAUUUGAGUUCUAUGUUGAAGUACCCGUGGCUUUAUUUCCUCUUAGAAAUGUGUACAAUAUACUGCUAUUGUUGUGAAGGAAUUAUUGCAAUGAAUAUUCAGCAUUUGUGAAUAGUGAUGUAAUAUUUGAAGUACUGAAGAUCAAAAAUAAUUAUGGUUAUUUUAUAUGAGAUUGAGGUGUUUACAGACAAACCUGGAAGUACAAAAUAGGAAAUGGGGGACCAAAUAGAAUGUGUCUGAUCAACCACCUUAUGCAUGUCCAUGUGCCAACCCAUCAGCCCUGUCAAUCACAUUCAUGUAUCCCUACCAGCUUCUCAUUGUAGGAAGCAGCUCUACACAAAUAUAUAAAACCUAGUCAGAGCUUGUGGCAUCAUUAAGGAGAGUGAAGGAAUUGUGUGUGCAUUAUUGUUCUGUGUGAAUAUCUAAAUGCAUUCAUUAUUCUAAACCUUGCAGAAUGAUCUGCGUCAUAUGUUUUAUAUGCAAGCAUCUGGGAUAAAGAAGUUAGCCUUGGAAACGCCCUUAAAAAGGCAAGGUUUAGUAUCCCUGAACCAGACCAGGAAACCGUGAACUGUGCCUGACUGCACUGCCCUUCAUGUUGGGGUCUCUUUAAGAACUGUCCAGAAACUUCAACUGAUACAAAACAGGGCAACCAAGAUCAGUAACAGCUACAGUAAGCCACAAUAACAUAAAAUAUUGAAACACACAUUUUGCCUUUAGGUAGCUACAUUCAUUUAAGGCAACUAUUUACAUCAUGACAUCUUUACAUGGAUCAUGUCCCUUGACCUCUCAUUGGUAGAUGUUCAUAACUACUACUACUACUAAGCUACUAAGUUAGGCACGAUAUUGAGAAGACCUUACACCCCUGCUUAUUGUCAGUUCUAUUUGGGGUACUAUUAAUUGUUUUUUUAUAUUUAAAGUCCUAAACGUCUUUGGAUAUAAGAUACGGUGGUGCAGUGGUUAGAGCGCAG